GGUCGGAAAUUGUCCCUCUUCCUUCUCAAAUCCCAUCUCUCUCUCUCCCCCCCUCUCCUCCAUAGUCGGCGAUGGUUUCACGCCGACCGCUCAACUCUUCGCUGGUUUAACAACCAAUGCACCACUUCACUUACUUAAGGUGGUCGAAUCUUUAAACGCCGCCGUUUCACCUCUCUAUCUUCUUCUUCUUUCUCUGUCGAUCGCCGAUUUUUGAUCUCUCCCUCGGUUUUUGGUGAACGGAGAGAGUCACAGUCACUCUACUUUUUCUUCAGGAAUAGCCAUUGUUCGAACCUUCAGAUACUGUAAGAGCGAAGUACAUAGUCUUGGAGCUGAGAAUUGGAGGAUUCUUGUUUUUAAGCUUGAACUGGAGCUGAAUUUGAAGGAACAAUAGCUAUGUUGGAUCUUAAUCUGAAUGUGCGCUCGGCCGAUUCGGCUCGCAACGAUGCCUCGUCGAUGGUCCUUGAUAAGAUUCCUCAAGGCUCCGGGACCCCAAUGGACGAGUCCGGGACCUCCAAUUCGUCAAUCGUCAAUGCAGACGCGUCCAGCAACGUAGGCGAUGACGAGUCGUGCUCCGCACGCGCCGUCGGGACCGAGGUGUACACCUUCAACUUUGAUAUCCUGAAAGUGGGUGCUGAAAACGACGUCGUGGUAACGAAAGAGUUCUUCCCGAUGGGUGGAGUGAAUGGGGAGUUUCAGGAUUGGCAGGGGCAGUCUUCGUCGGCUUCUUCGUCUUCGAAGAAGAGCUGGAUCGAGCUGGGGUUCGACCAGAGUGGGUCUGGUGAGGUAAGAAUGCUUGAAGCACCGCCACCUCCACAGCCACAGCAACAGCCGGUGAAGAAGAGCAGGAGGGGGCCCAGGUCCCGGAGCUCACAAUAUAGAGGGGUCACCUUCUAUAGGAGGACCGGGAGAUGGGAAUCGCAUAUCUGGGAUUGUGGAAAACAAGUGUACCUGGGUGGAUUUGACACUGCCCAUGCUGCGGCUAGAGCUUAUGAUCGAGCUGCUAUCAAGUUCAGGGGAGUAGACGCUGAUAUUAAUUUUAAUCUCAGCGAUUAUGAUGAGGAUUUAAAACAGAUGAAGAACUUGACCAAGGAGGAAUUUGUACACAUACUACGCAGACAGAGCACUGGAUUCUCUAGGGGAAGCUCAAAAUAUAGAGGAGUGACGCUGCACAAAUGUGGCCGAUGGGAAGCGCGAAUGGGACAAUUCCUAGGCAAAAAGUGA